AUCAUUACAGGCAUCAGGCCCCUCUUCUCAAGUAUCAUUUCUCACAGUUCCCGGACUAGGUCAGAUACAACCCUACUUACCACAUAUAUCUCUGUACUCCAGAUAUUAUGUAAUCAGUUUUCCUAAAUCUAGGCACCAACAUUUUAAAUAUAGUUUCAUGAUAUAAAUAGAAAUUAAUUUCCUAUAAUAAAUACACUAAGUACCUAAUCACAUUAAUCCAUCUUUAAUGUGAGUAGAAAAAGCAAAGGCACUAUCUUAAUGGUUUCUGAGUGAGACUUUAGCAAAUGCUACCUAUAUGGAGAAACCGCUGGGCUGCUUUUUAGGAUGUGAGAAAAGAGGGGUAAAGUGAGGAGAACUGGACGAACAUGGGACAGAGACCGGGACGGGGCAAAUACGGGAACGCCUGUCUCAAAGAAGCAGCAAAUGAUAUAGAAAAUAAAUAUCUGUUCCAUCCCUGUUCCAGACAAGCCCAUGUACCUGCCAAGUAGGAAGUUGUGUAUAACAAUGCAGCGAGGAAUGACCCCGGCCCUGGUGAAGUCAACAGCGACAGUCAUCACAGGCAAAUCUGCCUAUCAGGGACUGGGGACUCUAAACUCCCGCCUCCCAACCCAGGAAUCAGAGCCUGAGACAGACGGAUGCUUCAUUCCCGUAUGGGAUGGUAUUCCCGCCAUGGGUCCUGGGCUUCUCCACUGGGUGGCCCUCUGUCUCCUUGGAGCAGGUCAUGGGGAUGCCAUGGUCAUCCAGAACCCAAGAUACCAGCUUACCCAGUUGGGAAAGCCAGUGACUCUGAGUUGUUUUCAGAAUCUGAACCAUGAUGCCAUGUACUGGUACCAGCAGAAGCCAAGUCAGGCUCCAAAGCUGCUGCUCUACUACUAUGACAAAGAUUUGAACAAUGAAGCAGACACGCCUGAUAACUUCCAAGCCAGGAGGCCCAACACCUCUUUCUGCUUUCUUGACAUCCACUCAUCAGUCCUGGGGGAUGCAGCCACAUACCUGUGUGCCAGCAGCAAAGACACAGAGCUACAGUGCUGCCUCCCCUCUGUUCAUAAACCUCAUCGGUUCCCAGAUGCAGGUGCUUUCUCUAGGACUCUUCCCCCACCACCUCUUACAACAAUAGGAAGUGGGUUUGUGGCUGUCAAUAUCUCAUCUGUAGACAAAAGUUAGGCACAAAUCAAUAAAAACCAUUGACAGUUAUGCCAAGAGUAGAAAAGUGGUUACACAUGCCUGGCAUUCAGUUUGUGGUGUU